AUGUCUUCGCGACUCAAAGUCAGGAGCCAGGCCAGGGCUAUUCCCCUCGUCACUGUCUCACUCGCUAAUGGACACCCCCGUCAGACCAGUACCACUAGCAACACCGACCAUCCCUCCAGCUUCAGCUUCAAUACCGAUUCUACGGCCGAGGAGGACUUGCCGCCGCCAUACGACCAUGCUUCCCAUAGCACAACCAGCAAUCGCAAUGACAAUGACAAUGACACCGAAAACGAUAACCAGCUCACAGCGGCCACUCCUCGCAAUGAAGAUCUGACAGAGGCUGUUCUACACCUCUCCAGGACUCUGGUAUCGACAUCCAAGGCCAUCCCUCGCCCAAAGUCCUCCUGGCUUUUCAUGAUGAUAUACAACUGGACUCAUAUCCAACGGCCUUCAUCACGGCUCUACCAUAUCCUUACAAGACCAGUUGCCUUUCUCAAAGGCAUCAGGGAACCAAACGAUCAAGCCUUGGUGCAUCAACCAAAAAGAUCUCACAAAAGCAUGCAGCAGCUCACAGAGGAACAGGACAGGCUGGAAGACGACCCAGAUAUGCUCAAUGGUGCAACAGAGAUGGUCCCUGUCACCAUGCUGAACAUCCGAAGUGCAGCAUCAAUGGAGGAGUCCCGACCAGAGGACCCAGAUGCACAUAAGGAAUCGAGCGACGACGAAUUGAAUACGCCGAGGAAGCCCAGGCGGCAGAUUGAUCAAUACCCAAACCCCUUCGGUCCCGGUGUCUCGAGUGAUGAUGAGCUGGAGGACGACGAGGGAUGGUUGGGCCGGGGCGAGGACCGCUCAGAAGAAGGCCACACCAAAUCCAACUCUGUUCGACUUACCACCCCAACAAUCUCGCACAAGUUUUCCAGACAAAUGCCUGAUUUCCCGACACCGUCGCUCGGACCAGCCAUGGACCCACGACAAUUCGAAAGCGGAGAGGAUGCAAGGGCUGGCUCCUCGCGUUCGUCCGUUUACGCAGCGUCCUUGUUCAACAAACCCACUGGCGCUACAUUUGAUCGGCUACUAUCGACAUUUCCUCGGUCAGAUCGUUCAAUGCCACGACUUCAGUCCACUCAAUAA